GGGUAUCGGGAGAGGCUUCCAGCAAACCUUCUCUGGCUUCUGGAGGGACGGACCACCGUUUCCGCGGCUUUGGCUUCUGCGAUCUGCGUUCAGGCUAAACGGCCACAGCGGCGCCACUGCCGCUCCCCUUGUGCCUGGUUCUGACCGUAUUUGUUCCCCGGAGGCCGCCCCGGUUACAGCAGCGGCCGCGGCCGACAUGUUGUGAGGCGGCGGCGCGGGUGUCUCAAGGAUGGUUUGGCUGAGGCGGCAGCAGCGGCUGCUGGCGGCGGCGGCAUUGGCAGCGGGGGCUCCGGCUCUGUAGAGCCCAGCCCGCUGGGUGUCCGUCGUGUACCGCGGCCAGACCAGUGCCCCUGGACCUUGCGUCUGCUCCGGCGCCGUUGGGGAACCGGUUAGGCGACAGCGCACGCCCCGCAGAGGAGACACGAAGGGGGUUCUCCAGUGCUCAGAUUUCCGGACCACCUAGCCUUCCCCUCUGCGACCUGGGCAGUGCUGUCCCCAGAAUCCUCAGCCCGCCCCCCCCAAAUUUGCUCCAAGCCUCGCCCUGAAUCUUUCACACACGCGGGUGUUCCACGCCCUCUCGAGCCAACCCCUCCCCCCUUAAUUUCCUGCACCCUCGUCUGAUAGCGCCCCCCGGAUUGCUCUCCGAGGGCAGCCUUUUGAAAAAUCUUCGUGGAGCAGUGGACCAGAACUGGGGGAGUUUUCAAAGUCGGGCGCGAGAGAUAGGAAGGUACGAUGGCUUCCUCAUCUGGAAACGAUGAUGAUCUCACUAUACCCAGAGCUGCUAUCAAUAAGAUGAUUAAAGAGACUCUCCCCAAUGUCCGGGUGGCCAACGAUGCCCGGGAGCUGGUGGUGAACUGCUGCACUGAAUUCAUUCACCUUAUAUCUUCUGAAGCCAAUGAGAUUUGCAAUAAAUCGGAAAAGAAGACCAUCUCGCCAGAGCACGUCAUACAAGCACUAGAAAGUUUAGGCUUUGGCUCUUAUAUCAGUGAAGUAAAAGAAGUCUUACAAGAAUGCAAGACAGUAGCAUUAAAAAGAAGAAAGGCCAGUUCUCGUUUGGAAAACCUUGGCAUUCCUGAAGAAGAGUUAUUGAGACAGCAACAGGAAUUAUUUGCAAAAGCUAGACAGCAACAAGCAGAAUUAGCCCAACAGGAAUGGCUUCAAAUGCAGCAAGCUGCCCAACAAGCACAGCUUGCUGCUGCUUCAGCAAGUGCAUCCAACCAGGCAGGAUCUUCUCAGGAUGAAGAAGAUGAUGAUGAUAUCUGAAAUUCACCAGCUGAGUUUCUAUUUCCUCUAUAAAUGUUUUUCCCUGCACAAGAAAACAGUGAAAGAAAUGCUUAUCUGUAAUUUUGUAUGCAUCUUGGUGGACUUGCCAUUGGUAUUCUAGGGUUGUCUGCCGUUAAGUUUCAUCUAUUGUGUGCUAUUCAUGUAAAAACUGUCUCUUCUAACUAUUGAAAAUUUAAGGCUCAGUAUAAUAUCAAUUUUGAAUUUUUAAUGGUGUUUAUGAAAUUUUAGAUAGCAGUGAGUCCUUUAUUUGAUCAAUAAACAGUGUUACAGAAAACUUCAAGUUUAUAAAAAUACAGUGAAAUUUAUACAGAAGCUCUAAAUCUUCAUUUGCAUUUCCUCUGCCCUUUUAACUAAACUAAAAAUUGGGAAUUUUAAAUUAUUGGGGGGGAGGUGCUAUGUGAUGCAGUAGAUAUUAGAUCAGGCUGGUGAAAAAACAAAGAGUUCAGUUCUGUAGUAUUUGGAUUUUUUGUCUUUUAAAAUGAGUAUAUAUACAGGCACUAAAUAUAUAUGCUCAGAUGAAUAUACUUGUUUUAAAAAAUCUCAAACAAGACGUUCAGAAACUAGGGUGAGUAUGUUCAGUAGUAGUUGUAAAGUUUGGUAGGUUAUGUUUUGAUUUUGUUUUUGUUUUAUGUAGAGGUAAAAACUAAAGUUUUAUUAUAGCAUAAUUCAUCUUGAGCUACACUAUUACAUUUCAAAGACUGCCCCGUUUUGAGGACUGUCAUGAUUCUUAGUAUUUCACUCCAGUGAUUGUUAAUAGUAUUACUUGCUUAGUCCAUCCAUGUUUAUUGGAACUUGUGAAACAAUUGCUUAGGUUCCGUUGGUUUAACUAAGGUUCAUGAAUAUUCAAACCUUUGCUGGGGGAAAGAAAUGAAAGUUAAUGAGCAUGCUUGCUAUAAGACGGAUUUUUUUGUAAUUUAACUUGUAGUCAUAGUUUACUUAUUGUUUGUUUUUAGCAUUACUUUUACAAUUUCUUGACUAGAUGGCCUAGAGUGUCCAAUGCUUCCUUUUGAAAUGGCAUCAUUGUCUCCAUCAUAAUUGAGCUUUAAAAAAAUGAUUGUUUUAUUUUGUUUAAGAAAGUGUAUCAUAAUUGAUCAGCCCUAUAUGAAACAUAGUUUCAACCUGCUCAUUACAAGGGAAAAGCUUUAAUUUGGUUCCAAUAAAUAAACUAUGGUAGUGAUUUUUAUAGGAAUCCAGUGUGUUGAAGAACUGGCCUAUUGUUUGUAUUGAAUGGAAAGCCACUUAAGAUAGUAUGAAGUAAUCUAAAUUCCUAUGUCAGUUGCCAAAUCUUUUAAAUUUGUAUAUUCACCAGGUCUAAAGACAGAUGGCAGAUGCCAGGAUUCCAAUUUUAAUUGAAGAGCUAAAUAAGUGAAGUUUACAAGCAUUAGAUUUCUUAAUGAUCAUAUUUUGCAGUUUUAGAAAAAGUGAAAUAUUGUCAUACAUUUAUUAAAUACACUUCUUCCAUGCCACAACUAAGUGAAUCUUGCUUCAUGUUUUGAGUUGAAGUUGGUAUUGAAUCCAUGAAGUGCAUUUGGACAAAAUAGAAGGGAUUGUUUUUUUAAAAGUUUAAGUACCAAAGGUAGUCUAGUCUAAGAAAUAAUAAGUUAAUAAGUGUUGGCUUUUCUAACUUGUACUGUAACAUCCUUAUACUUUCUAUUUUAAGUAUAUCUGUUUCUUAUGUAAACAACUUAGAUAUUUUUCCAUACUUUUUUUUUUGAUGCAGAGUUCAGGUUAAUUAAUAUUUUACUGCAUCUGAUAAUGUAUUAUAUGUUUGAAUCCUAGUGACUUUUCAUUUUGACAUUCUUGUGAUUUUCAUAUGCUAUAUUCUUCAAGCAAUAAAAUCUGAUGUGUUUUAUAAAUUGUUUUUAUAUUUAAUAAUCUAUAUAGAUUAAUGGCAUGAGAUUUCUAUUAUUACCAUUUUUACUAGUUUGAAGAAUCCUAGGCCCAAAAGACAUUUUGAUCAUUUGGUAUAUAGUACUUGACUUUCUCCUCUGUUUGCUGUUAUUUCAGAAAAUGUGGUUUUACUUGUAUUUUUGUAAUUUACAGUCCUAGGGUGCAGGCGUAACAGAGCUAAUUAAGCAGUAUUUUACUCUUAGCUUAUUUUUUAGCAGUUAACUAUUACAUUCUGUCUGUUGAGAUUUUUAAAAUCCUUUGGAGAGAGAAACAAAAUCUUUACGGUUGUUGAGAAAUAAAGUUAUUGUUUAGUAAGUAUUUUCCCCACCUUGAAUAUAUGUCUUUUUCAGCAGAUUAUCAGGUAAGUGUUGAAAAGGCAUCAAUUUUUAAACUUACAUAUACCAUACAUAUAAGUACAUAAAUAAGGGUUUUCACAAAUUAAACAUACUCAUUUUGGCAGCCCUCAGAUCAAGAAACAGAGUGUUAAGAACAUCCCAGAAUCCCUCCUUUUGCCCCUGUCUCAGCACUAUCUUCUUCUUCCUCCCCAGAAGUAACUACUAUUCUGACUUCUAAAAUCAGUUCUGCCUGUCUUUUAUUUUAUGUAAAUGCAUACAUAAUACACUCUUUUUUUGCUCAUCAUUAUAUUUGUGAGUGAUUGGUUUCCGGAUGCCACUGUAACAAAGUAUCACAAACUUAGUGAUUUAAAACAACACAAACGUAUUCUCUUGCAGUCCUGAAGAUCAGAAGUCCAAAAUCAGUUUCAUUAGGCCAAAGCUGAGGUUGGUUCCUGAAUCUGGAAAUUAAUUGUGAGUGGAAAAUCUGUUUCCUUGUCUUUUUUUCAGUUUCCAGUGUCUGCCUAUAAUCCUUGGCUUGUGGGCUCUUCCUCCAUGUUCAAAGCUUCUGCUUUUAUCAUCACAUCAUCUUCUCUUGUUUAUAGUCAAAUAUUCCUCUACAUCUACAUUUAGGGCCCACCUGGAUAAUCCAGGAUAAUCCCCCAUCUCAAGAUCCUUAAUUUAAUCAUAUCCACAAGGUCUCUUUUGUCAUAUACGGUAACAUUUACAUGUUCCAGGGCUUCAAUCCUGGAUAUCUUAGGAGGCUGUUACUCAGCCUACUAGAGUGAGAUUCAUUCAUAUUGUUGCAUGUAUUUGUAGUUCAUUCAUUCUCAUUGCUGAAUAGUAUUUCAUUAUCUACUUUUAUUAUAUACAAAAUUUAUCCAUUCUACCAUUGAUGGGCAUUUGAGUGGUUUCUGGUUCUGGGCUAUUAUGAAUAAUGCUGUGGAGAACAUUCUUAUACAUGUCUUUUGGUGAGUGUAUAUAUGCAUUUCUGUUGGAUAUAUACUUGGGAGUGGAGUUGUUGGGUCAUGGGGUGUGCAUGUAUUGGUGUUUACUAUGUACUGUCAGUUUUCCAAAGUGUUUGUAAGAAGACACCAUUUUAAUGUGUACUAUAAUAAUGAAUUACUAUAAUGGUCUAGUGGCCUGAGAAUGUUAAUGAAUUUCUUGAAAUUCUUAAAUUAUACCAAAUGAGUUAUACUUGCUACAGCAGGUCUGUUAUUUAGUAUGAAAGCAAGAGGAAAAUAAAGCAAAAGUAUUUGUUCUUGUUA